GUGACUUGCAUCUCUCGUUAUCUCAAAAGGCCAUCGUUUUGAUAUGUUUUGAACUUUGAUUUUCAACUACUUUGUUUUGAGCGGAAGGGUUUUGCCGGUGCUCGCCAUUUGCUGAAUACUAGUAGGGUUCUUGCUUUCUACGCUGUGGAUCGUGGUCUGUUCUACAGUAUUGUACUGAUGUGUGAGGUUCUUAGAUACUGGGGCUUUAACUGGAGGGUUCUUGUGGUCUCUCUUUCUUCAAUUGCAGCGAAAGAGCAAAAGACCCACCUUUACGGUUUCCCAUUAAGAGCAAAACGGGGUUCAUCUGAUGCUUUUUUAUUGGAAUGCCUUUGUUCUUUGACGAAUAAUUCGUUGUGAUUAACUGGGUUGUCUUCGAAAACCGCUUACAAGCAUUCUAUGGUUGUAGACUGCCAUUUUUUAAGAAAAAGUUCAGCUUUAAUUCGAGGUUUUCACGUAGGUACGCGCUUCUCCCAUCCACCUACCGAAGGCAUUGUUUUCAAGGCCAUUUGUGUUAAUUUGAGGCAGAGGAGAUGGAAAAUCUUGGAACAGCUAUUGCCCAGUCUCACAAAUUCACUGGUAUGUCGUGUUAUUCGCGAGUUUCGACCCUCGCCGCAGUUAGCUUUGGAAUUUUUCAAUUGGGUUGGAGAGCACAAGGAGUGUUCUCCUCAGUCGCUAGAGUCCUGUUGUACUCUGGUUCAUGUGAUGGCCAAUUCAAGAAGAUUUGAGGACGCUCUGAGUGUUAUGAGCAACUUAAUGUUGAAGUAUGGUGUUGCACCAUUGGAGGUGUUGGAAGGGUUGAUCAAUAGUUAUGAGACGUGCACAUCGUGCCCGGCAGUGUUUGAUGCGUUGGUUAGGGCCUGUACCCAAUUUGGGGCAACUGAAGGUGCUUAUGAAGUAAUCAAGGAGUUAAAAUUGGAGGGUAUUUGGGUUACAAUUCAUGCAUGGAACAACUUUUUGAAUCAUCUCUUGAAGCUGAAUGAGUUUGGGAAAUUUUGGAUGACAUAUAAGGAAAUGGUUUCAUAUGGGUAUUUUGAGAAUGUGAAUACUUUUAAUUUAGUUGUUUGUGCUCUUUGUAAGGAAUUUAGAAUACUUGAGGCGAUCUCGGUAUUUUAUGGAAUGUUGAAGAGGGGAACUUUCCCCAAUAUAGUUACCUUUAACAUGCUCAUAGAUGGAGCUUGCAAGAUGGGUGAUGUUGAUCUUGCCUGGAAGAUUGUCAGGAAGAUGGGAGUUAUGUCAGGGGAGUCUGUGAAACCCAAUUUGAUUACCUACAAUUGCUUGAUCAACGGGUUCUGCAAAUCAGGAAGAGUGGCCAUGACAGAAGAACUUCGAGAUGAAAUGAUCAAAAUGGGUGUUGAACCGAAUGUUAGAACCUAUGCAACUUUGAUUGAUGGGUAUUCAAGAGGAGGGAGUUUGGAGGUGGCCCUUGGGUUGUGCAGUGAAAUGAUAGAAAGGGGAUUAAUCCCAAAUACCGUCAUUUACAAUUCAAUUAUCCAUUGGCUUUACAUGGAAGGAGACAUGAAGGGAGCUUCUUUGCUGUUGUCUGAGAUGAUCAGUAAGUCUAUUGGUGCCGAUCAAUUUACGUACUCUAUCCUCAUAAAGGGGCUCUGCGGAAAUGGAUAUUUGCAUGCAGCUUUUAAAUUUUUUAACCAAAUUCUAGGAAAUAAUCUUGCAGAAGAUGCUGUUUCAUACAAUAUACUCAUUAAUUAUCUUCACAAAAACAAUAAUAUAGCUGGAGCCAAGCAACUGUUAGGCAUUAUGUUUGUUCGUGGUUUGAUUCCUGAUCUCGUCACAUAUGGUACAUUGAUUGAUGGGUACUGCAAGAAGGGUAACAUUGAAACUGCAGUUCAGGUUUAUGACAAACUAUUGAAUGACGAGAAAAAACCCAACUCAGUAAUAUAUAAUUCUAUUGUAAAUGGAUUGUGCAAGGAGCCAUCAGUUGCUGUAGCAAAGCAUUUGAUCGAUGAACUACAGCAGGCAGGUUUAGUUGAUGCUAUUACUUACAAUACUUUGGUAACUGGGUACUGCAAUAGUGGGAAGAUUGACGAGGCUUUUGAUUUGAUUGUGGAAAUGAGAAGGGCAGGAAUUUCUAUGAAUGUUGUUACUUACAAUAUACUGAUAAACUUCUUCUGCAAGCUUGGGUGCACACAGCAAGCAAAGGAGAUCAUGAAGGUGAUGGCUCUUAAUGGCACAGUGCCUGAUACUAUAACUUACACUACUCUGAUUACCACUUUGUGCAAGAACAGCAGUGCAGAGGAAGUAGUUGAAUUGCAUGAUUAUAUGGUUCUUAAGGGAGUAGUUCCUGAUAAGCAAACAUACAAGUUCAUUGUUAGCCCACUUAUUGGAAAGAAAGUGCAGAGAAUGUCGGCAUGUUUGGUUCACAGUAAUAGCUAUUCUAGUACACCUCUAUUUCAGACUGAAUAGUUCUUAAGGUGUUUGGUUCAUUUAAGGGGUGAAAUAGCUAUUCCUUAUUCAAUUCUUAUUCCAGGCAUGUCUAGAACACAAAUUUUCCACCCACCUUACGGAAAUAGCUUGCUGUUCCACACAGAGAAGAUCACUUCCCUUGUGGACUCUACCGGAAAUCUCACUUGCCUCCUCAGUCCUCCCUCACCAAACCAGAUAUCAACAUCUUUCACUUCUGUGAGCUCUCGGCUGGCCUUACUGGAAGAAGGAACAGUCCGAGCCUACUGAGAGACAACCUUGGAUCAGCCUAUCAAGAACUCUGAGCUUUCAGAGAGCUUUCAAUUUUGAAGGAAGAGAGCUUUCAAGAGAUGCUCAGUUGCCCUUUUGACUUGGAUUGAACAAAUCCUAGAACAUGCUCAUUGUUUUGCCCUAAUUUUGAUGCAUUUGGGCCAACUAGACCAAUUUGUGUGUCUAUUGCAAAUGUAGAGUGUUUGGACCAGUAAAAAUAUAUGUUGAGCCUUUUUCUUAAAAUCCUAAACAGGAAAAAUCCA